AAAUAGAUUAUUAUUAUCUAUAUAUUAUACGCGUAUGUAUAAUAUUAAAAGCGCAGAAUUAAGAUAUAAAUCGAUAAAUCUAAAAUUCGAUCGAAGAAUACCUAAUAGAAGAAACCUUACCGAAGCUUUAAUGAAAGUCAAGGAAAGAUCAUGCGCGUGGAACAUAAUUGAAGAAGAAGAAAACAGAAUAAGCGAGUAUCAUUGUAGAGAUAUACAUUUGUAAUGUUUCACUUUUUGUGGUACCCUGUAUAUUCACUAGGAAAGUAAAUAGAACAAGUUAUUGAUAGAGACAUCCAUGAUAUAUUGAGUGGUAAAAAUAUUAUUUAGAAUACAUAAGAAAGCGGAAGAUUUUUGAAGAAAGGAAUAACGUCUGUACAGAAUAUAUACAUACAUAAUAUAUAUACAUAUAUAUGUAGAGGUGUGUAUAUAUAUAUAUAUAUAUAAAAGAGAGUUUAUACCUAUCGUAUAUCACCGUUUCCAAAUCCGUUCCGCGUUUGCGCCGCGUCAGGCGAACGUCAAUAAUGUCAAUAGAGUCAUAAAAGGAGGAAAGUUGAUAAAAAUAUGUGAUGUUGUAAAUAUACAAUAGAAAAAUCUAAAUCUUAAAACUGUCGUAAGGAGUAUAAAUAAUCGCGUCUAGUGGUAUUAGAUUAUGAAAAAGUCGACUAAAUAUUGGACGGGUGUGGGUAACAUUUCGACGGUGUGUUUGUCGGAGGUGAAGAGGGACCGAGGAGACCUCCGGGAUAAUCUUCCAACUAUUUACAUGAAGGAGCAGGAUAUACCCGAAUAUUUGGAGGGCUGUGGUCUGACAACUUGCACGGCGGCAACCGGCGACAUGCCUGAAGCCGUGGAAGUAUUACGAGAUAACAGGGAGCACUUGAAGGAGAAAAAAUUAUCCAGUGCUUCCAUAGCGGGACCUGACACGAAAAAGACCGUGACUGUUAAACAUCCAGAGUCAAACAAGCCUAAACCAACAACCAAAAAAGGAAAACCCAUUCAAGCUGACUUGGAUGUCUCCAAGGAGUUUGUAAGAUGCAAGGACGAAUGUGUAAAACGUCUCGAUUUAAGCAAAUCGAACAUAACGUAUCUUCCGCACACAGUUAGAGAUUUGACCCACCUGGUAGAGUUUUAUCUUUAUGGUAACAAAUUAAUAUCUCUUCCACCAGAAAUAGGUUGCUUAGCCAAUCUCGAAACUUUGGCGUUGAGCGAAAAUGCCCUUACGAGUUUACCGAGUACCUUGGAAAAUUUGAAAUCAUUAAAAGUACUCGAUCUAAGGCACAACAAAUUGAACGAGAUACCCGAUGUCGUCUACAAAUUAACGUCUCUCACUACGUUGUUUUUACGAUUCAAUCGCGUCAGGUAUGUCAACGAAAAUAUAAGAAAUUUAACAAAUUUAACGAUGCUCAGUCUAAGGGAAAAUAAAAUCAAGGAACUUCCAGCCGGUAUUGGCAAACUUACUAACUUAAUAACAUUCGAUGUAUCUCAUAAUCAUCUGGAACAUUUACCCGAAGAAAUAGGAAACUGUACUCAGCUGUCUACGCUUGAUCUUCAGCAUAACGAACUUCUGGAUAUACCGGAUACCAUUGGAAAUUUGGUGUUAAUCACUAGAUUAGGUCUUCGAUACAAUCGUUUAUCUAGUAUUCCAAAAUCCUUAGCAAAAUGUAAAUUAAUGGAUGAAUUCAGCGUAGAAGGGAAUCAGGUCUCCCAACUGCCAGAUGGAUUACUCUCCAGUCUCUCUAAUUUAAAGACAAUUACAUUGUCCAGAAAUUCAUUUGCUGCAUAUCCGUCAGGAGGACCAUCUCAAUUUACAAACGUCUACUCCAUUAAUCUUGAACAUAAUCUGAUUGAUAAAAUACCUUAUGGUAUUUUCUCUAGAGCUAAAAAUCUAACUAAACUGAACAUGAAAGAAAAUCAAUUAACUGCUUUACCUCUAGAUACUGGAACAUGGAUCAAUAUGGUCGAAUUAAAUCUUGGUACGAAUCAGCUAACCAAAAUUCCAGAUGACAUUCAAUGCCUUCAAAGUUUGGAGAUAUUAAUUUUAUCUAAUAAUUUAUUGAAACGUAUUCCUGCCAGUAUAGCAAAUUUACGUAAGCUCAGGGUCUUAGAUCUUGAAGAAAAUAAAAUAGAGUCUCUUCCAAAUGAAAUAGGAUUUUUACGAGACUUACAAAAAUUAAUCUUGCAGUCAAACCAAGUUACUUCAUUACCAAGAGCAAUCGGGCAUUUAACAAACCUUACACAUUUGAGCGUAGGAGAAAAUAAUCUUAAUUAUCUACCUGAAGAGAUUGGCACAUUAGAAAAUUUAGAUUCUCUCUAUGUUAAUGAUAAUGCAAAUUUACAUAAUUUACCUUUCGAAUUAGCUUUAUGCACAAAUCUUAGUAUUAUGUCAAUUGAGAAUUGUCCUUUGUCACAUAUUCCUCCAGAAAUAGUUGCAGGAGGUCCAUCAUUGGUUAUUCAAUUUCUUAAAAUGCAAGGUCCUUAUCGAUCAAUGUAACAAAUCUAGCCUUCAAUAUAUCACAUAGAUGUCGAUUCUUAAUGCACGUGAUACAAAGUAUGAUAUUAUAAUGAUCUCACUUAAAUAACAACAUAUUAAUGUUACUGAUAUGCAUUGUAUAAAGUGAGCAAUAUUUUUAUUGUUGCAAAG